AUGUCUACUUCACAUAAGGGGCACGGUGGCGGUGCUGAUCCCAUCGCAGCACUGCCUCAGUCAGGUUCAGGUUUCAAAGAGGCCUCCUCUACGUCGCAACCGUCGUCUCCAGACCAAGAAGAUGUGGAAAAAUUGCCUCCGGCUGCGGUAGGGUCGUCAUCGUCCCAUCAGCCUGAGGAACAACUUCGUCGCGCGUUGGGUACUCGACACAUGGUAAUGAUUGCCAUAGGCGGCAUCAUCGGACCCGGCCUCCUAGUUGGCUCUGGACAGGCGCUUGCCAACGCGGGACCAGUUGGGGCAUUGAUUGCUUUUGCAAUCACGGGUGGUAUCGUGUACUUUGUGCUUCAAGCACUAGGUGAAAUGGCUGUUCUUUUCCCGAUUCGUGGCUCUUUCAUUGAAUACGCCGGGAAGUGGGUCGAUCCCGCCCUUGGAUUUGUCGCUGGAUGGAUUUACUGGGAGUUGUGGAUCUCAGUGCUCGCCAACGAAUACAAUGCGGUAGCGAUCGUCAUCCGAUACUGGGAUGGAGCUCAAGUAGUCCCGUCCGGCGCCUGGAUCGCCAUCUUCUGGGUUAUCUUCAUGGGGCUCAGUAUGCUCGGCGUGCUUGCCUAUGGAGAGGUCGAGUUUGUCCUUGCAACCAUCAAAGUUAUCGGCAUUGUGGUCUUCUUUAUACUGUCGAUCGUCAUCAACGUGGGUGGUGCAGGAGGAGAUCAGGGCUACAUCGGAUUCCGCUACUUCAAGACGCCUGGUCCGUUCAAUGGUACGGGGAUUGACGCACUCAACGGUAUUGCCAAGAUCCUCGUCGUUUCCGCGACGCUGUACGCCGGAACCGAAGCAACGUCCAUCACUGCAGCAGAAGCCAAGAACCCAGCCAAGGCAGUGCCUAUUGCCAUCCGCAGCGUCUUCUAUCGAAUCCUCGUUCUCUACCUGGGGACGAUCUUUUUCAUCGGUCUCAAUGUUCCCUCUGACGACACGCAGCUGGUUUCGGCUCACAGUAAGGCCGCCGCCUCACCACUCACAAUCGCCCUCAAACGAGGUGGUAUUGGCGCAGCUGCUUCGCUCAUCAACGCCCUUAUCAUUCUGAGCGUCAUCAGCGCUGGGAAUUCGUCGCUUUACAUUGCUUCGCGAACACUUCAGUCUCUCGGAGCAACUGGUCGAGCACCCAAGAUCUUGGGAUGGACUUCGGCCAAGGGAAAAGUACCCAUCCCGGCUCUGGUACUCUCCAACCUCGUCGCCCUCAUCUCGCUGCUGUCUAUCAACUCGGGAGCGUCCACCGUUUUUACCUACAUCAUCAACAUCAGUGGCGUAUCAACAUUUAUAAUUUUUGCCAUCAUCUGCUUCUGCCACAUCCGCUUCCGCCAAGCUUGGCUGCAUCAAGGAAACACGGUGGCAGACCUUCCUUUCAAAGCCUGGCUGGCUCCUUAUGGCACUUGGGUUGCCUUUGUGCUCAAUGUGGUGCUCAUGUUCUUCCAGGGUUACACGACGUUCUUGAACCCGAGGAAGGCAGCAGACAUCAUUGUGGCAUACAUUGUCAUUCCCGUUGCCCUGGUUCUGUACUUCGGUUGGAAGUUGUGGCAUAAGACACAGAUCGUCAGUGUGGACGAUAUUGAUCUGGACACGGGCAGACGUCUUAUGGAAGACUUCGAACCAGAGGGCGAGAAAUUGGAGGAUAACAAGAUCCCUUGGUACAAGAAUCCCAAAAAAGUGCUUAGUCGGGUGUUGGCGUAA